GCCCGCCCGCGCUGAACAUGGCCACCGAGCAGAAACCAUGUUUGCUGAUUGAAUUCGUUGUGUCUCUGGAGGGUCACAAUCUGCAGGAGCUCCGGCGCAGUGCCUCAUUGGCCACCAAAGUCUUUGUCCAGAGAGAUUACAGCGAUGGGACCAUUUGCCAGUUCCAGACCAAAUUCCCCCCUGAGUUGGACAGCCGGAUUGAGCGGCAACUAUUUGAGGAGACUGUGAAGACACUCAACAACUUCUAUGCUGAGGCUGAGAAAAUUGGGGGCAGCUCCUACCUGGAGGGUUGUCUGGCCUGUGCCACGGCCUACUUUAUCUUCCUCUGCAUGGAGACCCAUUAUGAGAAGGUCCUCAAGAAGAUUUCCCGAUAUAUCCAAGAGCAGAAUGAGAAGAUCUUUGCUCCCCGGGGCCUCCUUCUCACUGACCCCGUGGAGCGAGGAAUGAGGGUUAUCGAGAUCUCCAUCUACGAAGACCGUUGCAGCAGCGGCAGUGCGAGCAGCGGCAGCUCCAGCAGCAGCGGCAGCAGCAGUGGAGGAGGGGGAGGGGCAGGGGGCCGGUGA